UAGUGCUUCUCGAGUCGGUGGCGGAGAAAGGAGACCAGGGAGUGCAGGAGUGUGUAGGUGGCAGUUGUGCACUGUUCAUAGUAUGCAGCGAUUACUCUUUCCGCCCUUGAAGGCAGUGAUGGGGAGCCCGUGUCUCCGGGUCUUGAUUCCUGGGGCGGCGCCUAGAACACAGUGUGGUUGCAGCUGUGGGAUCAGGCGCCCCUUGAGGCCAGGGCAAUACAGCACCAUCUCUGAAGUAGCUUUGCAACCUGGAAGGGGUACAGUGUCCCAACCUUCAAAAGCUGCUGAGCGGGUGGUGGGCCGAUGGCUCCUGGUCUGCAGUGGAACAGUGGCUGGAGCAGUUAUUCUUGGUGGAGUAACUAGGUUGACAGAGUCUGGCCUCUCAAUGGUAGAUUGGCAUUUAAUAAAGGGGAUGAAGCCACCUACAAGCCAAGAAGAAUGGGAAGCAGAAUUCCAAAAAUAUCAGCAGUUUCCAGAAUUUAAAAUCUUGAAUCAUGAUAUGACGCUGGCAGAAUUCAAGUUCAUCUGGUACAUGGAGUACUCACACCGAAUGUGGGGUCGCCUUGUAGGCCUCGCAUACAUCCUGCCUGCUGCCUACUUUUGGAGAAAGGGCUGGCUCACGCAUGGCCUGAAAGGACGUGUUCUUGCCCUCUGUGGUUUAGUUUGCUUCCAGGGCCUGUUGGGAUGGUAUAUGGUGAAAAGUGGCUUAGCAGAGAAACCAGAUUCCCAUGACAUCCCUCGGGUCAGUCAGUACCGCCUUGCCGCCCACCUGGGAUCGGCCCUUGUGCUUUAUUGCGCCAGCUUGUGGACCUCGUUCUCGCUGCUGCUACCUCAGCACAAGUUGCCUGAAACGCGUCAACUCCUGAGGUUGAGACGAUUUGCUCAUGGAACUGCAGGCCUGGUGUUCCUUACGGCUCUCUCAGGGGCUUUUGUGGCAGGGCUGGAUGCUGGGCUUGUUUACAACUCCUUCCCCAAGAUGGGAGAAUCUUGGAUCCCAGAGGAUCUCUUUACCUUCUCCCCUCUCCUGAGGAAUGUUUUCGAGAAUCCCACCACGGUGCAGUUUGAUCACCGGAUUCUGGGAAUCACUUCAGUUGCUGCCAUUACAGCACUCUACUUCCUCUCCCGGAGAAUUCCCCUUCCUCGAAGGACCAAGAUAGCAGCAGUGACUCUGCUAGCUUUGGCUUACACACAGGUGGGCUUGGGCAUUAGCACUCUGCUGAUGUACGUCCCAACUCCUUUGGCUGCCACUCACCAGUCGGGCUCCCUGGCUGUUCUCAGUGUUGCCCUUUGGCUCAUGAGUGAACUCCGAAGAGUCCCAAAAUAACUCUCAAGGAUCAGCUUCCUAGGACUGAAACUGUGCUUCUGAGAGAUUAUCAUCAGAGAACACAAGAACUUGAACUUUUCUGAGAGGAUGACCUUGCUAUACCAAGUGGUUUCCAAAUCGAUCAAGUUAUUUAAAUUGUUUGCCUGUUUUGGGGACAGUCACUGAAUCAAGAAAGUCAUUAAGUAUGGUUAUGCUAAAGGUUCCUUUUUAAAUCCAUUACUUUUUGUGUUGAAAAUCAGAUUUAAUGUAGAGAAAGAAUUGUCUGUCAUUUGUUUCUUAACAGCCUCUGUCUCAGGAUUCUUAAAUGUUGACAAGCUGUUGGUUCUACAUGCAUAAUCUCUGUCUCCUUGACUUCCUGAGUCCUGGAUUCUGCCUAUGUAGAAAUUCUUUAUGGUCUCAACUUCACUUCCAUCACGUAAAGAUUCAAAGGGAUAGAUUGGCAUACCCUAAAGUAGCCAGAUAGCCUUCAGCAAGAAAUAGCUGUUGUCUUCUAGUGUUCUGAUUUUCAAAACUGGGGAAAGGACUAACCUAGAUCCUCCUGAGAUAGGGCUGUUACAUUACUAGGUGAGAUGAAUGGAAUACAGUAUAAAUCAGUUCCUGAAAGGGUUUCUCAACAGCCUCAUGGAUAAGAAAAAUAUGGCCUUGAUGGUAUGGACAUCUAUUCAGGUAUUUAAACAAACUGUUGAUUAAUGAAUGUGUGAUUUUGGCCUCUAUUGAUAUUUCACAGGGCUCUUAUUCAACUUUAUUUUUUAAAUCAGCAAUUUGAAUGAAGGCAUCAGAAAGAUUUGAGAGUGGAGCAACCCAACACUGCUGAUGUAAUAGAAGACAGUUACAACUCAAAACAGUUCCAGAGUGGCACCAUGAAGAUGAAAUUAAACAGGUCAUAAAUGUAGCAUCUUCAUUUAAAUUAUAAAUAGCUUGUAUAAAUUUGGGGUAGAGAAAACUGGCUUAUCAUUUUAUAUAAAAAAAACUUAGGGGAGGGACUUCAGUUGGACACAGGCUCGACAUGAACCAGCCAUGGGAUGACACUGAUAAAAAUUAGUGGUGUUUCAGAUUUUAUCAAUAGAAGUGUCACAGCCAUGGUCAGAAGACCUCAAUGCAAAUGCUGCAUUUCACUCUGGGUACCACAUUUUUUAAGGAGGAUAUAUAUCCAGACAAAGGGACCAGGAUGGUGAGGAGUCCAGAAUGUGUGUCACACAGGGAAUACUUGAAGGAACUAGGGGUAUUCAGCUGGAGGAGAACGUUCAGAGAGAAAACAAGAAUCCUGCCCUUGAGAAGUUGAAGCCCCUUCGUGCAGAAGGAGGAAUGAGCUUCCUUUGUGCUGCAGAGCUGGGAGCAGUGGGUGAAAGUUGCAGAAAGUUAGUUUUUAGUUUUGUAGAAGGCAAGAGUCAAUUGGACCAAAUCAAAUGCCCACGAGGGUCAGGCUGGUGCUGAGUGGCAAACUGGAGAGCACGUACCUGAAUAAGGGACUACACUGCUGCUGAGUGCUGGCCUCUUGCUGCUCUGCAGGUCCAGAGUUGUCAGAUCUGAUUUUUCAAAGAAACUAAACAUCCAGAUUUUUAUGUGAAUGCUCUCAAGUCUUUUAGGACAUUAUGCAGGCUAAACAGAUCUGGGAGCCAUAAAUGACCUAAGAUUUGCCCCUGUACAAUCGCUGGACUAAUGAUCUCAGUUCCCUUUCAACUCCAAUAUUCUCUGGGUUUCAGUGUGACUAACAGUGUAUCAUUCUCAAAUGGUUCUUAGCAAAAUACAGUUAGACAGUUUGAUUCUUAAAAAGUCCUGCCCCCUGGAGCUGGUUCCCAACUUCUCUCAUGUUAGAAUCUUUCAGAAUCCUAUCCCCAGCCUCAGCCAAGACCAAUUAAAUCACAAUCUCUGAAAGCAGUAAUAAGCGAAUUCCCCAGGUGAUUCUGAUGUGCAAAGUUUGUGAACCACUGCCCUAGGCUUUAGCAGCCUAGUUACCUUAGAAAGUUUUGACCAGUUUAUUCCCAUUCCCUCCAAAUUUCCACCCCACCCUAUCAUCUCAUUUAAUCUGCUUUGUUGAUCCCGUUAGUGUGCUAAUGGGGUAUCACCUCUUCUAGAUAGAAUUCUCUAAAGAAGGGGAGCUGCAGUCACUGGGGCAGGUUGCCAUACCAUCAUCUCCUGAUCCCCAAAUUAAGGUUGUUCUUAGUUAAUAACGGAGUCUGCAGAGGGCAGCCUGAUCCAACUCAAAGAACCACAUGCUAAUGCUGCUACUGUUCCCUCCAAAAAAGGAGCACUGAAUGAAUUCAGUAAGUUUAAGUUGCAGAUGUUUUACUUCAUUGUUUCUUUUAUUAAAGAUGAGUAAGUUUGGAAAAACAGA